AUGCAUCACGGUGGUGCUGGUACUACUGCUAUGGGGUUGGACUGUGGCCUGCCUACUACUGUAGUAGCCUUCUUUGGAGACCAACCUCUGUGGGGUGGAAUGGUGGACGUGCGUGGCGCUGGCAAGAUGGUAUUGGCCAGGCGUGUCACCAACGAUAACAUGCUCACUGCGAUGCGGUAUUGUCUAUCGGCCGAGGCGAAAACGGCAGCUGAGGAGUUGAAGGAGGGACUGGCG